AAGCCAUCUUGGCAUUGUUCUGCCCGCCCGCCCGCGCCGCCGCAGCCCCGCGCGACACAGCCCCGCACUCCCCCGCCAUGUCCGACGCGGCCGUGGACACCAGCGCUGAGAUCUCCGCCAAGGAUCUAAAAGAGAAGAAGGAAGUUGUUGAAGAAACAGAAAAUGGCAGAGAUGCGCCAGCCAACGGCAACGCUGAGAAUGAGGAAAACGGAGAGCAGGAGGCUGACAAUGAAGUAGACGAAGAGGAGGAGGAAGGUGGUGAAGAAGAGGAUGAGGAGGAAGAGGGUGACGGUGAGGAAGAGGAUGGUGACGACGAUGACGAAGCUGAGGGAGCCACAGGCAAACGGGCAGCUGAGGAUGAUGAGGACGACGAUGUUGAUCCCAAGAAGCAGAAAACCGAUGAAGACGACUAGGCAGCAAUUUUUUUUUUUUUCUUUUUUUCUUUAUUCUUUUUUUUUUUUUUUUUUUUUUUAAAUAAGGAGGAAAACAAACCAACAAAAAAGGCCAGCGCGUCCUCUUUACCCUUGGGGUCCCCCCUUGGGACUCCCGUUGCAGCCCCCUUUCCCACACACACCGCCCUUCCUCCCCCCUCCGCCGUGGUCAUCCUCACCAAGUAGAGUGAACCCCGUCCCCGCCCCCCGGCGCGGCGCUGCCACUCAACGAACAUGGAAAUGAUUCGCCCGUUAGCGGGGAGAGAAAAACCCCCCUUCCCCCACAAACCCCCUCCCUCCCAAGCACCAAAACUUCAAGGCCCUGCUUUCUUUCUUAAAAGUACUUUAAAGGAGAAUUUGUUUGUAUUUUUUAUUUACAUUUUAUAUUUUUGUACAUAUUGUUAGGAGGUCCGCCAUUUUUAAGUGAUCUCGGAUUGACCAAAAGGGGGGCUUUGAAGUGUAUAUCUCUCUUGUUACCUAUCUCUGACUUUACUUGUGGUGUGACCAGGCCCAAACCAUUAUCUCAAAGGAGAAUAAAACAAAACCUUGUAAAAAAAAAAAAUUAAAAAAAGACAAAAAUGCAAAAAAAAAAAAAAUUACAAUCUUAUUCUGAGCAUUCCAGUAACUUUUUUUGUGUAUGUACUUUAGCUGUACCAUAGAUUGUGGUUUGUAUGAGGUGGCAAGGCCAAAGAUAAAAAGGUUUUCUUUUUUUUUUUUUUUCUGUCUAUGAAGUUGCUGUUUAUUUUUAUUUUUUCUUUUUUUUUUGGCCUGUUUGAUGUAUGUGUGAAACAAUGUUGUCCAACAAUAAACCGGAAUUUUAUUUUGCUGAGUUGUCCUAACAA